AAAAAGAAAAUGGAAAACAUGUUCUUUUCCAACCUUGACCGCAGCUUUUAAACAGAGUGCCAAUAGUAUUGCAAAUGAAAAAAAGGCGACAAUUAUCACGCGAUAAACUAAAAGCCAGGUACUAAAUUGGAAAACAUUCUCGCGGUAUCCAUCAGUCAUAAUUGCGACACUGCAAAGUAAACACGGUUUAUUAUAUUUUCUAAAUAAAAUAUGAACAAAAUAAUGGGCCGAAUAAAAUUCGACAAGUUGAAGGAUAAAUUUAAUUUCAAAGGAUAUAAUUCAGUGUGUCACCAUUAUUUGAUAUUUAUGUCAUACUUUUCGUUCAAAAUAAUUGGAUUAUUGCCAUGGAAAAUGGAGACCGGGAUAUUUAAUAAAAUUCAAAAAGUCGAAAAUAAAAAUUUUAAAUCAAAUGUUUCAUACGUAGGAUCGUGUUACAAUAUUUUAUUAGUUUUAGUUAUUGUUUCAUUGAAUAUUUAUAUAAUAUAUGAUAUAUUACCGGUGCAAGUUGAUUUCCAUCUGACAUUGAGAAUAGCGCAAAUAAAACUUUCAUUCGUUUUAUUGCUAUGCGCAAGUAUAAUACCACUUAUUUAUAUAUUUCGGCAAAAAUUACUGAUCAAUGUUCUCAAUCGGUUCGAAAAUCUGGAUAAAAAAUUGAAUAAGUGCGCGGAUUAUAAAGCAGAAAAUAAUUAUACAAACUAUUUAAUAUUUACAAUAAAUUUUGUGGUUUCGGUUUGCAUAAUAAUAAUGAGGGAAAUUUAUUACAUGUCAUUGAAAAAAGUAUUUAUCAUAAGUUUUUCAUACUUUAUCGGUAGUUUUGUGAUAAUACAGUACACGAUGUUACUAAAUAUGAUAAAAACACGAUUCACAAAUAUUAAUUCGACACUUUUAAGACUGGGAACUUCAGAAAGCAAAAUAUCGCUAUCGCGUGCGUCAGUUCUUGACGAUAUUGGAAGAAUUAAACGCGCAUACGUGGAAUUAUGUGAAAUGUCUGAGAAUAUAUCAAAUUUUUAUGGAUUCGUUAUGCUGAUUGUCAUUAUCGUUUUCGUCGUUAGAAAUUUAUUCAAUUUAUAUUACGCAAUUUUAGUUCUAAUUCACAUCGAAAUUGUCGACAUCAAAAUCCAUAUAUGUGCAGUUUUUUUUCUAUGGAGUAGUUUUUUAUUCACAGUAUUGGCAACUCAUGUCACAAAAACAGUGAAACAGAAUAAAAAAACCGCUAGAAUUAUAAAUUUACUCAUGGAUCGAUAUGCAGCCGAUGAAAAAAUCAAAGAUAAAUUAGCGAAAUUUUCAAGUAACCUCUGGCAUUUGACUGUCGAAUUCACCGUCUGUGAUCUCAUUCCACUAGAUCGUACUCUUCUAGCAAUGAUUGCCGGUACACUCGCAACGUAUUUAGUUAUUGCAGUACAAUUUCGUAUCAGUUCAUUUCCUAAUUCAUUAAAUAGCCUUUAGAUUAAUCUACAAGUGUGCGCCUAUUUGUAGUUUAAAUUUUUUUCAAAAUCUAUGCAUUAUACUGCAAAAAAUCAUGAGUCAAUUCGGAUGAUUAAGAGUUUUAUUUAAAUUCAAAUUCACUUGUUCCGGAGUUUUUUCAAAAAUCAUUUCGAAUACGGAGUAAAUAAGGAGUUUGUUUUUUUAACGGAGUGAUUUCGAAGUGAUCAGGAUUUUAUUUAAAUCGGCAUUCAAUACUAAAAUAAAUUCCCCAGAGUUAAUUUCAAUUUGAAGGGAUUAAAUAAAAAAAUCUGAAAACCGUCUGACCCUGCGGGCCAGCCCCAAAACUUCCCGCUGUUUUCGAGCUCGGGGAGCUCGGAAAAAUUAUUACUUGUAAAUUUUCGAGCUAUUGGAGCUCAAAAAUUUGUUAGGCCGGUAAAUCAUACCUUCACUGAAAAAUCAUAAUUUUUGUCCCACGAUAUCUUUGGAUGGAAUGAACCGAUUUGAACGUACUUGGUGGCAAUCGAAAGGGCUCAAUAAGACUUAAAACUGAUUACAUUUUGAGGCGAAUCGGGCAAUUGGUUUAUAAAUUAUACGCAAAAAAACAAAAAAAAAAUCGGUCUGUCAGUUGACCCUGCGGGCCAGCCCAAAAACUUCCCGCUGUUUUCGAGCUCGUUGAGCUCGAAAACAUUAUUGUGAAUACAUUUUCGAGCUCUUCGAGCUCGCAAAUACUUUUGUAUGCCAUUGUUUUGUAAAAAACCAUUUUUUAGCAUUUCCUUCUCCCACGAUAUCUCGCGAACGAAUUAACCGAUUUUGAUGGUUGAGGUGGCAAUCGACGCGUUUUAUCAAGUUCUGAAGCUGAUCAAAUUUUGAAAUUGAUUUAUUAAGCCGUUUUUGAGAAAUUUAAAAAAAACCAAGGAAAAAAUUUUUUUUGAAUUCUUUCGUCAACGGUUUCUCUUGAACGAAUGAACCGAUUUUGAUGGUUGAGGUGGCAUUCGACGCGGCUUAUAGAGUUUUAGAGCUGAUUCGAUUUUGGAAUCAAUCCAUCGAGCAAAUUAAAAGUUAUCCAAAUAAAACAUUUUCGAAAAAAUUUUAUUUUUGAAAUAUCUCUGAACGCACCCUACCGAUUAAGUUCAAAUUUUUACGGCCUCAAGACAUUAACAAGCCGCGUCGAAUGACACCUCAACAAUCAAAAUCGGUUCAUCCGUUCAAGAGUUAUGAAUAUUUACAUACAUACAUACGUACGUACGUACGUACCUACGUACACACAUACAUACACUCGGACAUCAUCGUGAAAUUAGUCAGGAUAGCUUCCUAGGACCUCGAAACGUCGACAUCUGAUGGAAAUUCGAUUUUCGUAAAUCGGACCGAAACCAAUAACUUCCCGAAUUUUUGAAAAUUUACAAUUUUCUUAGCGGGAAGUUAAAAAUUGUAAUUUUUAUUCUUUGUAUAACUCGUAAACUACUUGACCGAUCUACCCUAAAAUCUAAUCAAUUCUAAGUUUUGGUGAGCCCUUUCGAUUGCCACCAAGUACGUUCAAAUCAGUUGAUUCGUUCUAAAAAUACCGUUGGACAAAAAAAUGUUCACACACACACACAUACACACGGACGUCCAUCCGGGAAUAGUCAGUAUAGCUUCAUAGCUUCCUAGCUUCUCAAAACGUCGACAUCUGAUGAAAACUCGAUUUUCGAAAAUCGGACCGAAACCACCCGUGUAAAAAAAAUUCGUUCCAAAAAGAUUCCAAAAAAGUUCCGCAUGUGGAACUUCUAAAAAUGAGACAUUAUAGAACUUUGAAUUGAACUUUUUUGGAACGUUAGUAAUUUUGAUGGUAAAAAAAAAAUUUUUAUGAGCAAAUUUAGAGUCAAAAAAGGACGUUC